AGGAGCCCCAGGGGCCCCUGGCUCGGCUCUCCACCCUAAAGACAAGCAGAAUAUCUAAACUUAACGAUCAUUUGACAGGUCUUUACAACAGCCUCGAUCUGACAACGACUUUUAUCGACACGUAAAAGUUAAGUUUACUUCAACCAGAAACAUAACAGCGGUGUGGCUUCAGUGCAGAGACCGACACCGCACACACUGUAAUGGCUGAGUGCGCGUUUCAGAUAUUUAUUCAACCACCCGACGAAUGCAUCUACAAAAUACUUAGGUUGUGACACUGCUACGUACAAGAGGUGCGAAUCCUGUACGUUAAAAUAUCGUAAGACAGGUAUGGAGGGAAACGAGUCCAAAGAGUGCGUGCACAAAGCUCAGCAGACAGAAUCUGACUCAAUAAUAAAAACGGAACAUGGGGAGGCGACACCGACAAGGAGACACUUGGGGGACCUCUCAGCGGGUGAAGUGACCAAUGGUUUCACACCUCAUGAUGGAAAAGAAGUUCUGCUUAGCCCCGUGUGCUCCCCAGGCACCAGCUACUGGUGCGUGUCAGAGAGCCCAGACUCUCCUUUACUUCUGUCUCCUGUCCCAGGGCCGUCUACGCAGGAACCCCCUCCAGUAAAACCCACACCUGGACGAGACCACCGCCGCUAUUACCAUGAGUACUGGCGUAGAGAUUACCUCAUGGACUUUGACCUACAGAGACAGGGGAUGUUAUGUAUGGUGUGUGGCAGUUCACUGGCAACCCUGAAGUUGAGCACCAUCAAGAGGCACAUCAAACAGAAGCACCCCUACUCCCUGCUUUGGAGCGAGUCAGAUAAGGAGGUGAUCAGGUCGGGCUGGGACAGCCAUUUGAAUCUGGUGAAUGGACAGAGGCCAGUAUGCCCUGAUACAGCCAUCGCUCCAGAAUCAGAAAAGAUGCUGGACUCCGAUCAGCCCUCUGCAGGCAAACCUGGUGAUGCUGUCAGUCCAGCACCUCAGGCCCCCGUCAGCACUCAGUCUGGGUUGAACAGGGUCACGCCCUCCCCUCCUGCACCCUCGGUCCAAGAGAUACCGGUCCCUAAUGCUCAGGUGAUGGAGCGCUACCUAAAUGACUCGUUGCACGCCUGGUUCCGCCAGGAGUUCCUGAUGGAAUACCAGGCAGAGGCAGGCCGUCUAGUAUGCAUGGUAUGCAGCUGUCCAUUGCCUUCGCUGCACCUGGAUCACAUCAAGAGCCACGUGCUGGAUCUGCACCCGAACUCUCUGCUGUACAGUGCUGAAGAAAAGCACUCCAUCCUGCAGACAUGGGCCAAGGCUAAUGAACCUGACGCAUUACAAAUUGUCAAAUCGGAGCAAGAUACCAAAGAGGUAAAGAUAGAUGGUUCAGCCCCGUUUUUCCAUCUGGACACAAAUCCUAUCCAGGGAAACUUGGGAAGUUCCACGGGAGGAGCUGAGAAUCCACCAGACACUGCCCAGACGGCACAGUCUGUACCUUUGCCCAGAAAGAGAAGACUGAAAUAUGGCACCCCCUGGCGUCUCCGCCUGGAUUAUUUAGUGGCGUAUGGUCCUCCAGAUAAUCCACUCUGCUAUUGUAUGGUGUGUUCUGAGCAUCUGCCUGUGCCAAGAGUCAGCAACUUCCGUAAGCACAUCCUGGCAUGCCAUCCACAAACAAAUGACCUCAGCCGAGUUGAGAGAGAUGCUGUGAUUAGCGCCUGGACGAAGGAGGAAAAUAUCGACUCUGCUCCACCAAUUGAGGAUGAGCUACAGAGUGUCACUGUCACCGAGAAAGCCAUUGUUGAAACACAGGUGUCACCUGGGAAAAUCACAGAUCAAGGAGGCAAGGAAACAGAAGACAACAACGGCACAAACAUUACACUAUCAACACCGACGGCUGGGCGGAACAGACACUACCCGGGUAAGGACCAGCGGCGUAAUUACCAGGCACGCUGGCGGGUGGACUUCCUGAUGGACUACAACUGCAGGAAGCAUGGAUUGAUCUGCAUGGUUUGUGGUGCUUCACUCGCUACACUUAAGGUCAGCACCAUCAAAAGACACAUCCUACAGGUGCACCCUCACUCCCUGGACUACGGCCCAGAGGAGAGGCAGCUGGUCCUGCUUAGCUACAACCAGAUCUCCCUGCACUUUCAUUCUGAUGACUGUUUUUUGGGAUCAAACCUCAUCCAUAAAGAGAAUGCUCAUGAUAAUGAUUAUGAAAAUGUAAAUACUGGACAAACUUCAACCCAGAGCAUAAAUGUCAGGAUGAGUUUUUGACAUCCCGCUUUUGUUUUUGUUUCCUUCACUCAGGAAGUUUGCUGCGGGGUUAAACCAAUUUAGUUUGAAGGAUGUGACAUAGUUUGACAACAAUUGCACUUACUGUCUCUAACAAAGUGAUUAAAAACAUCUGGAAUGUUCAAUAAGUUCUAAAAAGUUUAUUUAUGGCUAACAUGAGACAGAAAACGUUUAAACAUCAACUUUAAAAAAAGAAUCUGAAAUGUUCCCAAUAGCCGAUUUUGAUGAACUUCUAUGAUUUCUGUGGAAAAAUGUUCUUAUAUGCAUCUCUGUUUGUACAGCACAGACUGACAAUACUUUUGUUGAUGCAGCACACUUGAUAUUUUGCAUGAAGUCACACAUUACAGAGGAAAACAUUAUUUUCUAAAUGUACCUAAAAGUGUACUGGGCACAGGUGUUUUGGCACUGUUGUAGAGACACUUUGUGCAAUAUAUGUGUUAUACCUCAUUUUUACCAAUCUGAAAUAAAAAUGAGCAAAGAUAUUGAGAAAUAUGAUUUCUAAUAUUAAUGUUAAAUAAUAUAUAACUCAACUGGUUCAGUUCACCAAAAGAAUAUAUUGAAAUAAAAAUCUUUAUUUACUGUAUAUAGACUUCCUGUUUAAGCAAAGUGUGAUUUCUAAUGAGCCAUGUGUAAAGGUCCAUGUCUCAGGGAGCAUGUUUUUUCAUCUGUAACUUUCUAAAAAAUGUUAUUUUUUUUUAGCACUUAUGGGUCAUAAUCAGUUUGUGUAUUGCAGGCAGAAUCUAAUCAUAAAUGUGCAAUUAAAUUCAACAUGAGCCUACACUGAGUAAACAGACAAGAGAUGUACACUAUAUGGCCAACAGUGUGUGGACACCCGUCUAUGUAACUGGUUUGGCUAUUCCAGUAGUUCUGAGAGUAAUUCAUUCUGGAACAGAAAAGGCCCUCCCCAAACUGUUGCAACAAAGUUCGAAGUACACAAUUCUUUAGAAUGUAAUUUGUGUAGCAGUAAGAUUAGUUGUCAGUGGAAUUACUGUAAUAACCAAACCUGUUCAUUAGAAGAGGGUGUCCACGUAAUUUUGGACAUAUUGUAUGUACCAUCUCUAAUCAUUAACACUUCCUGGUUACGUUUAUCUAAAGAGAUAAGAUAUGCAAAUGAAAUGGACCAUGAACAAAUUCCUUUUGUGCUGAUAUGUAAAGUUCUCAACCUCCUAGCUUUAGACAUUCACAUGUCUCUAGCAGACAGUUGUAUCAUCUGGCACAGUGAACUGAAACUUAUGUGUCAGCAUCUCUGUGGGAUUUGAAAUCGCAUGAGGAAAGCUAAUGUUGUUUCACCACUUCUUUUUAAUGAUAUUGUAAGUUUUGGGUUUCCCAAAGCUGAUGCUGUUAAUGUUGGUGUGAAAUUCUAUAGUAGCAGCCAUGUUUAUCUCCAUGAUAUAAUGUGAACCGGGGCAACUGAACACCAAUUUGUCUUCCUUCAGUGGAAAUUCGGCUCUUUGUUUCACAGAAAAAAAAUCAAAGGAGCUAUCACAUUUUAGCUUUGGCAGACCUUACCUGUUUGGUUGUGAAAGCUAAUUUCCUUUUCCAAAUGCAGUUUGGAAGUAUUUGGACUUUGGAAGCAUUUUUACAAUUUGCAGCGUUUCAAACACUCGCAUUCCCUCACCCUUUCCUUAUGCAACACAUGCUUCUUUGUCACUGAAUAUGUGAUUUUGCAUCCUCUUUUCACCAUAAAAUCUACACAACAGUUAUACACUUUGACAGUGAAUCAAUUAGAAGCUGACAUUAUGGAUUUUGAAAGCACUCAUUGUGAAUCUGUUUGUUUAAAGGAAAAGUUCACCCAAAAAUGAAAAUUCUCAUUUACUUACCCUUUAGAAGAAUAUUUCAACUCUGUAGGUCCUCACAAUUCAAGUGAAUGGGUACACACAUUUUGAAGCUCCAAAAAGCACUUCAGAAGUGAUAUGAUAGGUGUGGGUGAGAAACAGAUAAACAUUUAAGUCCUUUUUUUACUAUACUUUCUCCUCCCUGCCCAGUAGGUGGCGAUAUGCACAAAGAAUGUGAAUGUGAAAGUGCAGAAUGAUAGGGGAAAAAAAGGACUUAAAUAUUGAUCUGUUUCUCACCUACACCUAUAAUAAUCGCUUCUGAAGAUAUAGAUUUAACCACUGGUAUCAUAUGGAUUAAUUUUAUGCUGCCUUUAUAUGCUUUUGGACCUUCAAAAUGUUUGUACUCAUUUACUUGCAUUGUGAGGACCUACAGAGCUGCUAUUCUUCUUAAAAAAAUAAAAAUAAAUCUCUGUUUGUGUGCAGAAGAAAGUUAAAUCUGUGAUAGCACGAGGGUGAGUAAAAUGAUUAGAGAAUUUUUAUUUUUGGGUGAACUAUCCUUUAAUGUCCGGACCAAGAUUAUAACAGUUUUGAGUUUUUAAUUUAGUUUUGAUUUCUAUUUCAUUUUCAAUAUUUCACUCCAGUGUAGUUUAGUUUGUUAGUUCUAGGUUUAUUUGUAAGUUAUUUGCUAGUUUUAGUUUAGUUUUCCAGUACAUUUACUUUUUUAGUUUUAGUAUUUAUAUUAAGGGAUAUUGGAGAAUGGGGAAAACAGGCAUUUGUGUAAUGUAGGUUAUAUUGCUGGACUCCCCAAUGUCCAAUUUAUAAAUAAUAUUAUUGUGGGUGGCCUCCAAGUAGGAUUUCUCUUAGGACCCCCACAUGCUUAGAAACGGCCCUGCUGAAAGUACACUUAUGCAAUCAACUCGAUUCUCUGCAACAGAAAUGUAAACUGCACUGGGUAGGAGAGGAGGCUAUUAUCAUAUGGUAGUUAUAUUAUUUUACAUACGAUAGUUAAAAGCUCCAUCUCUAUGUAGUUCAUUCCAUUAUCUACAGCAGGGGUGCUCACAGUUCUGCUUUUUCAUGUUAUUGCAGCAAGAUCUACCAUGCAGAGUAUAUAUACAUUUUCACAAUACCAACAUUUCUGACAGUUCUUUAUACCAGUUUAUCACAACAAAUAAUAACAUUAACCAUUAUGUAAGAAUUGUACUCAAAUAAUUAUUCAAGACUACUAAACAGUCAGUAAUAAAAUAACAAUACAGCAAUGAAUAGAAAAGUAAUAGAACAAAAAAUACAAAAUUAAGAAAACAGUGCUUUUGUUAACAGCUUUAAAUGUUUUUAACAGCAGUAUCAAGUAUUCAAGUAAACAUUCAGAAUGAAAUGCUAAGUAAAACUACUUCUGGUCUUCACUGUAUAAGGUACUGUAUAACACAUCAAAACUUUUUAAAGCUAAUAAAGUUAUCCAGCCAAGAACAGUGAGUGGUUGUGUUGUUAGCGUUUGGGAGGGGUGUGAAAUUCUCUGUUUAGGGGUAACAUGUCAGUGAGAUUAAGUUAUGCAUUUGUACUUGCAUGUACAUACCCUUUUUGUACAUUGCUAACUCUCAGUUGGAUUCACAUACCACUCCUGAAUAUAAUUAACUGCAACUUUAAUAAACAAUAACAUCCAUUCUAUCCGUUGAUAUUGAAAGACGACGAUGGGAGGCCUAGUCUUUUGCAUUAUUAACAUUUCUGGUACAAAUAUUGGAUUCAGACAUGUUCAACUGUGUUAAUGAUAAUAAUUUAAAAAAUCUAUUUAGGAAAAAAGCAAGCUCAAGCACUUCAAUUGCUUUUGGCAUUUUUAUUAAGUUCACUUUGACAUCAUUACAGGGACCACAAGUUUUCCUGUUUGCAUACCCCCCCCAACCCCAUCCCCCAAAAAGCUCCCACUUAUUAUCUUAUUUCAAAAACUAUAACAAACUGAAUGUAGAUGUUAGUCAUCACAUCUAGUUUUUUUUUUUCUCCAGAGAACGAGUCAAAAGCAAAAAGAACAUGACUUCCGUCACCCCUUCUCAGAGAGAGAGAGA